CCCGGCUGUUUUGGGGAGCAAGUAAACUACAAAUAAUCCUUUUAAAUAUAAUUAUGCUCCUCUUGUGUGUUGUAAACUCCACCCAUAAGCUGUAGGUGAUAAGAAAAAAGCUUGUUGCGGUCUGUGCUUGUGGCAGGACAUAACCUGGCAGCUCGGCAAUACCUUCCUCAUUGCACAAUGACCCUCUUUAAUAUAUUCAUGAGAUCACAGGGCUAAAUGUCUCCCACGGAGAAAGGCAUUUUCCUGUCCCUCCUCCUCCUACAAGGCAGGCUGACUGACUGACUGCAGAGACCAGAGCAGAGGAUCAUUGUGGAGAAGAGAGAGGAGGAGGAGGAGGAGGAGGAGGAGGAGGAGGAGAAGGGAGGGAAGAUUAUCACAAUCAGAAUCUGCUUCAAUGGCCAAGAGGAAGAGCAUUCCUGGGAAAUGGCUGACCCAGAAUAACACUCGCAGACGCAGGACGACUCAGCGAGGACGCGAGUGAGUGGGCGAGCGAGUGAAGAUGGACGGCAACCACCGCAACGACAGCAAGCAGGUGGCUGGUUUACUUCAGCCUGAAAUACUGCACAAUGGCAGGGAUAGAAGUCUGGCCCCAGUCUCCCCAUCCUCCUCUGAACCCCGCUCAUCUUCCUCUGAAACCCCCUCAUCUUCCUGUGAACCCCACUCUUCCUCUGCACCCUCUUCCUCUGCAACCUCUUCCUCUGCACCCUCCUCCUCUGCACCCUCUUCCUCAAAACCCCCUUAUUCCUCUGAACCCCCCUCUUCCUCUGCAACCUCUUCCUCUGCACCCUCUUCCUCUAAACCCCCUUAUUCCUCUGAAACCCCCUCUUCCUCUGCACGCCGCCCCUCCUCCUCUCCCCCCUUCGGUAACGGAGAUGUACGUAGCAGACGUGUGGAGGACGGCGAGGCGGGGAGGACGCGGAGGGACGACGGCGCUUCGUCUUGUUGUCUGCUGGAAGAUCUGAAGCGACUUCCACAGUGUGACAAACAGCUGGGACCUCUGAAAUUCAGCCAAUCGCACACGGUCCUCAUAGAUGUUGCUGCUUUCAAUGAUGAAAUUGGACUUUUGCCUCAGAGCGGGAGAGACAUGUGGCACAGUCACUUUGUCAAAAGUCCGAGUUCACCAUCCAGCGUCACGAUCAAGACUGGAAUGAUAAAGUCCCAGACCAGCCGGUGGGACGUGAUCUCCAAGCAGCUGGGCGCUCUCGCCAAGAAGACCGCCGUGAGCGUCGAGGACGUGAAGGACGCUGUCUUCAAAUACAACCCCAAGUACAAAGGUCAGUGGUCCUUUGAGGCCCUCUCCCUCUUUGUGAAGGUUAUCCCGAAAGAAGAGAACUACUUCUCUAAGCUGUUUCCAAAGAUCGCUGCGUUGGCCUUGAAGCUGCCGGACCUCGUGCAGAAGGGAAUCCCGCUGCUUCGGAGCGGACACCCUGCAUCCAUCACUCUGUCACAAGCUCAGAUCUCCUGCCUGCUCGCGAACGCAUUUUUCUGCACUUUCCCUCAUCGCAACACCACACAUCCCAACGCAGAGUACCACAACUACCCCUCCAUUAACUUCACCAGUCUGUGGGGACAGUGGUCACCGCGGAAGAAAGAGAAGCUGAGGGCCAUCAUGUAUUACUUCCAGGUGGUUACAGAUGAGAAGACUCAGCCAAAAGGACUGGUGACGUUUGAGAGGCGCUGCCUCAAAGACCAUGGGCCCAACUGGAGAAGCUGUAAGGAGACGCUGUCGAAACUGCACGUCACAACACGCGGAACCAUCGAGACCGAAGGCACAGGGUUGCUCCAGGUGGAUUUUGCCUGCAGCUCUAUAGGUGGAGGAGUUCUGGGCUCUGGUCUGGUGCAGGAGGAGAUCCUGUUCCUCAUGAAUCCAGAGCUGAUCGUGUCCCGCCUCUUCACCGAGAGACUCGCAGACAACGAGUGUCUGAUUGUUACAGGCUGCCAGCAGUUCAGCUGUUACUCCGGUUACGGUGACACCUUUGAGUGGGCGGGCCCUCAUGAAGACCGCCUCCACAGAGACGAGUGGGGUCGGCUGAGGAGGCAGAUCUUAGCCAUCGACGCUGUGAACUACAAACACCGACGGGAUCAGUACAACAUGAUCCGCGUCACGCGGGAACUCAACAAGGCGUACUGUGGAUUUAAGGCCGACGGACACAAUGAGCCCGACAUCGCCACGGGCAAGUGGGGCUGUGGAGCUUUCAACGGAGACCCCCACCUCAAAGCGGUGGUCCAGCUGAUGGCGGCGGCGAAGGCGAAGCGAGGCCUGGCCUUCUUCACCUUCGAGGACGAGACGCUGAAGCAGCGCCUGCAGCAGACGCACCGCCUGCUGGUCACACGGGGAACUACAGUCGGGAAACUGUUCGGACUCCUGGAGGACUACUGCUCUGUUCAGCAGGCGUCCAGCGGGUCCCACGUGGAUCUGUUCGACUUCAUCGAGAACACCGUGGCGGGUUCCCGGAGUCAGCUGUGAGGACGGAUUCAUGGCUGCUUCAGAAUUUACACUAAAAUCGAACCCAAAGGUUUUUAUGAAAUGAAGAAGCUACUGAUUCCUGAUGAUUCCUACGAGUUUUUUUUUUUUUGUGUAACUUUAGCAGAAGUAAACCCUCAAUUAUCCCGUAUGAAGCACUAGAGGUGUGUGGCAGGGUCUGUAUCUGAGACCCUGACCUCUGCCCGGAUUUUCUUUUCUUCUCAUUUUGGCGUCCGUAAAGAACCUUUUGGGCCCCAAGUGGCUGUGUAACCCCCAGCCAAUCAGUGUAGCCCCUCCAGCCAAUCAUGUUAGCCCCUCGCCAUCAUGUAUGAGCCCCCAGCCAAUCGUGAGCCGCCCCUCCAGCCAAUCAGUGUAGUGCCCCCAGCCAUCAUGUAGCCCCCAGACCAUCAGUGUACCGCCCCCAGCCAAUCAGUGUACCCCCUCCAGCCAAUCAGUGUAACCCCCAGCCAAUCAGUGUAGCCCACUGUCAUCCCCAAUACCUCCGUGAAACAAUCAGUAAAUAGCGUUGUAUUCCUGUGAUUAAGCGUCUCCCUCCCCCACCCCCCCCUCUACAAACACCAACAGAAAAUGCUGCUAAUUAAACCUUUAAUAUGAUAUCGUAGCGAUGGGAUGCAUCGGUCCUUAUCUGGCACGCUUCGGGGACUUUAUAUCUUUUCUAAGAAUUGUUUUCUGUGUUUGAUUUGCGUUCGGCUGGAAGGACGUUUUGGGACCCUCCGUUUAUAUUUGUUAUAUCGUUUUCAGUUAAGUGGACUUAGUUCAGAUGUAUGUUCGCAGACUUGAACGCAGAUCUUUAUUGAUAACAUAAAGGUCUUACUGUUGCACCAUC